CGUUAUUCUAAAAUAUGAAAUAAUAAUGUAAAUUGAAGAAAAACAUAGAACAUUUCUCUUAUUUCCUCUAAUUUAAACAAUAUUCAAUCGAUACAUAAUUAGUAAACAGAUUGAAUUACAGUGAUUAGAUCAAUAAAAAUGUUGCUAUGGGAAUACGUAAACUAUAUAAACAGUUUUGAAUUAGCAUUGGGGUAACGUAAUACAAAGUUUUUCAAAAUGUCGGUAGAAAUUUCGAAUUGUGAAUUUUCAAGAUUGUGUAUUAUUUUACAAUCAGAAGAAAAGAAACGAAGAAUACAGGGUUUAAAAGAAAUUUUUAAAUUUUUAGAAUUGCAACAAUCUGAAGAUGAAGUGUUUAAGUUAUGGGAUGUUAUAAAUAAAGUUUUACUGAGAAUUUUAAAUGAUUCAGCAGAAGUUUGUCGUGAUAAAGCAUUAGAUAUUAUUAGAUUAUUUAUAAUUAAUUUAACACCUAAUGAUAAAUAUAUCAUGUAUUUACUUCCAAUUUUAUCCAGAAGAUUAGGUUCUUCAGAACUAAUAGAAACUUCAGAAGAAGUGAGAUUAAAAUGUGUUAUAUUACUAAAAUCAAUAAUAUUAAAAUACAAAACCUUGUUAGCAUUAUAUAUUGAUGAUUUAGUAAAAAUUUUAGUACGCACAGUAGUAGACAAUUAUCCACUUGUUAAAAGGGAAAGUUGUAAUUGUAUAUCUGAAUUUGCAAAAAAUUUAUCAAGAUAUUUUUACACACAGUCAGAAAUUUUAGUAAAACCAAUUUUGAGUAAUUUCACACAUCAACAUUACAAAGUUAGAAUUGCUUCUAUUAUUACAAUAGGUGACUUAAUUCAAUAUGGUAAUAGCAAAUCUUUAGAAGAAGUUGCUACACCAUUAGCAGAAAGAUUAUUUGAUCAAAAUGGACUUGUUAGAACAGCUGUUAUAGAAAUAGCAGGCAACUGGCUUUUGAAAUUAAGGGAUCGAUACAGUUGGUGGUAUAAAAUCCUUCCAUUACUAUUAACAGGUCUUCAUGAUGAAUUAGAAACAAUCAGAGAGAAAGCGGCAAACUUUUGGGAUGCUGUAGGACAGUCUUAUAUAGAAGAAAAUCAAAAUAAUGAAAAAUUUAAAGACAAGUUGGAUUUUCUUACUGAAGAACGUCAUCACUAUCCCAAUGUUACAAGACCAAAUUUAGGCUGUCGCACAAUAGCACAACAAACAUUUAGUAAAUUAUUAAAUGGAAUAAGUUUAGAAUUAGGAGAUUGGCUUGCAGACAUUAGGGUACGAACUGCACAGUUACUCUGUGUCUUUAUUUUAAAUAUAGAAGAAGAAGUAAUACAACAUAUUGGAAAACUCUUGCCUCCUAUGUAUAGAGCAUGUAAUGAUGAAGAUUACAGAGUCGUAGAAACUGUAGAAAGAGCAGCAGAAUAUAUAGGAUAUUUUGUACAUCCAAAAAGUUACUGUCAUUUAAUAAUUUCUUUUCUUGACGAAACUUUAUCUGUGGGUCAUCUGAAAGUAUUUGCAGCAAUUUUAAGAGGUAGUGAACAUUGCAAACUUGUUCCACUACUGAAAGAUAUUGCACAAUUUUUACAACAACCACAUAUUUGUCAAAGUAAAAAGCCUAUGUAUCAGAAACAAAUACUAGCUUGUUGUGAUUCCAUGAUUUUAAUAUGUAAGGAGGAUUGUAAAAUUAUAUCACAGGAUUUAUUUACAACAAUAUUUACUGUUUUAUCAAUGACACAAGAAGAUAUUGUAAAAUUAAAAGCAAAAGAAUUGUUAAAUACUGUUGCAAAUAUUAGUUCAUAUGAGAAUGUUGAUGAAUUCUGUAACAAGAACAUUAGACAUUUAGCUUCAUUAUUUUCUGGUUGUAAGUCAUGGUCAAUUCAUACUCCUGAGUCUCAAAUUUUCUGUGGAUGUUUAACUUAUAUCAGACAAAUUUUAAUUUCCAACAUGGACAUUAUGUUACCUGUUCUAAAAGAAACUAUGACAAAUGAUGUCAAUGCUGAAUUGAGACUAAAACAUUUUAUUUUACUAUCAGAAUACUUUAGUCAAGAUUCAUUGGCUAAAAAUAUGGAUUUAAAAUUCUUUAACUCAUUUAUAGAAGACUGUGUAUUUCCUGGAUUAAUUUGGUCUGCAGGAAGAGCUGCUGAAGCUAUACGUACAGCAGCAUUAUCAUGUUUGUGUACAAUACUAGAUAAAUAUGAAAAAGAUCUUAUUAUGGACAAAAUUAAACAUAUGAAAGAACAAAACAUUUCUUUAACACUUGAUAAAAUAAUUCCUGCUUUAAUUAGCCUUGCAGAUGACAAUUCCAAAAAGAGUAGACUAUAUUCUUUACAAACCAUGUAUUUCAUAAUGUGUAUUCGAAAAAGAUUUGACCAUCUUACAGAAGAAUAUAUUCAUAAAAUAUAUCCUGUACUUCUAAAAAGACUUGAUGAUGGGAGCGAUGAUAUUAGAAUAGCUUCAUUAGAAGCUUUAACAAAGCUUUGGAGUACAAUACCUGAAGAUUAUGAUUUAAAUUUUAACAAAGGACACAUAGAUACCUUAUAUACUACAGUUAUAAUAUAUUUAGAUGAUCCAGAAAAGGAAUUCCAGAAUCUAACGUUAGGCAGUUUAAAAGAAUUAGCAAAAGUACAUCCAGAAUUGCUGUACCAUAAACUUCAAAAGUGUAAAAUGAAUUUUCGAAAUCAGCAAGACAUAGAGAUCCUUCUAGAAUACUGUCAAGAUAUUUUAAGCAAUACUUAAAACUGAUAAUUACACAUAUAUGUAUUUAUUUUAAACAAGAAUACUGUUAUGUACUUAUAAGGAUAUUUUGAUA